AUGCCUUCGGUCGUAGUACGACCUUCACCGUCCCAGGUCAGCCCUAGCAAACCUGCUACGAUGGAAGACCACCACUCGGAGCGUUCGGCGACGACCGCAACCGAAGAUACGACGCCCCGUCGUACACAGCCAGCACCGCCGGCCGUGCGUCGUCCUAACACUCCGCGUGCCUCGCCUCCCCCUUCAGACAAUGGCUCGAAGGCGGGCAAGAAGAAGCCCUCCUCAAGUCAGGCCCCCUCGCCUAUUGCGACCCGCGACGAAGAGCGUGCCGGAGGUGACGCCAAGAAGGAGCCCCGAACCGACAACGACAAGUGGGUCGAGAGCGUCGACUACGCGUACGAGUAUGUCCCGGUAGCGCAGCGUCGUGAGGGCCGCAAGAACAUCGAGUACAAUCUCAUUAUCCGCCAGCAGCCCCUGCAGGCGCGAAUGUGUGGCGUUGGAGAGAAGUGUAAGUUCAAGACUGAUGACAAGGGCCCUGACGUUGCAGCCGACCGCCGCCCUGUCGAUCCCACCCCAAUCGUCCAGCUCGAGGUCAUCACCAGCGACGGCGAAAAGGUCACGCCCGUCGGCCCGCGGUCUCGCGAGAGCACCGCCCCUCGAGGUGCGAACGGUGACGGAACCAUGUACAUGCAAAACCCCUACUACUUCCUUUUUGCGUGCCUUGUCGGAGGCGAUGACCAGGAUUCCGAGCUGCACGUCAUUGACGACGGGCGUACUCGAUUCCUCACCGGCACCCCUGUCUCCUCACUGUAUCACCUGAAGGACAUUGACAACAAGGAUGCUGCGUUCUUCGUCUUCCCGGACCUCGGCGUCCGCAAGGAAGGGCGCUACAAGCUCAAACUCACGCUCUUCGAGAUUGUCGAUCAAGAGGUUUACUACUGCACAACAAAGUUGACCUCCACUUUCUCGGUCUACUCGGCUAAGAAGUUCCCCGGCAUGUCCAAGGCCACCGACCUGUCUCGCGUGAUGGCGGAUCAAGGUCUGAGGAUUCGUGUUCGCAAGGUCCCUCGUCCUGCGGGCAAGAACAAGCCCAAGAGGAAGAACAGCGGUCAAUCCGAUUCCGAGGAUCCCUACAGCAACGCUAAACGUCCUCGUCCCCAUGCCUUAUCAUACCCGGGUGCAGGAUACCCGCCUGAUCCCCGGUACCCGCACGAUGCUCAUUACGCUUCGUACCCCCCACCCAACGGUACUUACGGAGGUUACUCUGGCUAUCCUCCCCACAUGGCUCCGCCUCCGCCUCCCCCGGCCUUCGAGGGAGCCUACCCUCCCGGUGGACCGCCGCCGUCUGCGUACCCGCAACACGCAUCAAGCCCUGCAGCCUUGGCAUACGAUCGCGACAUUGAGCGUGUCUGGGUCGACGGGCAGCUCGUUGUCGACAAGAGCGACGGAGACGUUGUGGAUGGCGAUGACGAUGACGACGACAGCGAGUUGGGUGGUGACUCUGACGCUGAUUCCGAGCCCACCGAGGUGGAGAUCGGCACUGCAAACGGCACCCCGAACGGCAAACAAUCAAAUGUCCUCUGUAACGGUACUUACGGAGGUUACUCUGGCUAUCCUCCCCACAUGGCUCCGCCUCCGCCUCCCCCGGCCUUCGAGGGAGCCUACCCUCCCGGUGGACCGCCGCCGUCUGCGUACCCGCAACACGCUCCCCCGUCGGCUCCUGGCCCGCCUCCGCCCAACGGACCUCCGCCGCCGGGAUACUCGUCUCAGCCGUACGGGGGCUACCCUCCAAGCGGCUACGGUCGUCCUCGUCACUCCUAUCCUGGCUACCCUGGCGAGAGCUACCCCGGCUACGGCGGCGCGCCUCCCCACGCCUAUGACCCUCGAUGGGAGGAAAGCCGUGACCCCCGCGACCCUCGCGACCCUCGCGUGGACCCUCGCGCCGAUCCUCGCGACCCCCGUUCUGUCGAUUCCCGAGCGGACCCACGCGCCGUUGAUCCUCGAGCUGAUCCCCGCGCCGUUGAUCCCCGCGCCGACCCUCGUGCAGACCCCCGCGCGGUGGACCCUCGCGCUGACCCGCGUGCUAUCGACCCUCGGGACCCGCGAGCUGUUGAUCCUCGUGACCCCCGUGCAGUCGACCCUCUCGAUCCCCGCGCUGUCGACCCCCGUGACCCUCGUGCCGUCGACCCCCGCGAUCCUCGUGCUGUUGACCCGCGUGACCCGCGAGCGGACCCUCGCGCUGUCGACCCCCGGGACCCCCGGGCUGACCCCCGAAUGGACCCCCGCGACAUGCGCGUCGACCCUCGCGAUCCCCGCGCAGCUGAUCCUCGCGACAUGCGUCCGGUGGACCCCCGCGACCCGCGUAUUGACCCCCGGGAUCCUCGUGCAGACCCUCGCCUCGACCCCAGGAUGGAUCCCCGCGAUAUGCGUGGAGCGGACCCUCGGGAUGUCCGAGCUGCUUCUCUCGGUCCUCGCGACCCGCGUGACAUUCGCGAGCUGUCGCGGGACCCCCGAGACUUGGGCCCGCGCGAACUCCAUCACAGCCCGCACGACAUGCGCGAUCCUCGCGAUCUUCCUCCCCACCCUUCUCGCCCCGACCCUAGGCAAGUUGACCCGAGGCAGAUGGAUCCCAGAAUGGCGGACCCCAGGCAGGUCGACCCGCGCGACAUGCGUGAUCCUCGCGAUGUUCGCGACCCACGAGACAUGCGCGACCCAAGGGACAUGCGCGACCCGCGGGACAUUCGUGACCCUCGCAUGGACCCGCGCAACAUGGACCCGUACGCUCGCUCGCAGACGUCGCCCUACAACACACCGCCGCGCAGCAGCUCUGGAUCCUCUGUGCCCCCUGGUCCGUCGCCGCACGACCUUCGCGGACGCCCAGUCGCUGGACCACCCCCGCCGCGCGACUAUCACCACCGCCCCAGCCAGCCGAGCAACAUGCGUCUUCAGCCGCUGAGCAGCCGUGUCGACGGCCCGCCCUCGCUCGGAGUACCGGACUUGUCAGCCGGUGUCAAUUGGCCGCAGGUUGGAUUGAUAGCAGCCAAGAUAAGGAACGCAGGCUCCAGGACAGCGUCUGAUACCCCUCUCGGAUCCCUCCUUGACGACGAUCCCCACCUUCCUUUCCCCGUCAACGAGUACCCUUCUACCCGCCGGCUGUCUUCCUCGCACUUCUCUACUCUUCGAAUCAGCACCAUGCCUUCUAUGCUAAUAGACUACAACGGACUGACCCUGACCUUCCUCCGUCUUGGCACACAGCUGACAAUAGCUUCGAUCUCUACCGCCGCUGGCCAGGAAACCUGGUACAUCGGUUCCAUGGUUCACUCUUUGAAGCGCGACAGUCUGGAGAUCAUGGAUACGGCCAUUCUCGCUGUGCGCGAUGGUGUCAUCCAGUGGAAGCGGGGCGUGCCGUCCGAGUCGGAAUUGGCGACUGUGCUUGAGGAUCUACUGGGCACCAACAGUUCCUCGAUUCCUCCCAACAUUGAACUUAUCACGGAUGGCUUCCUUUGUCCUGGCAUGGUUGACACGCACACCCACGCACCGCAAUACCCUAACAACGGCCUUGGCGCAGAGCUGCAGCUCUUAGACUGGCUCGACAAGUACACCUUCCCCCUCGAGAAGAAGUACUCCGACGAAGAGCUCGCGAGGCGCGCUUACUCUGCUGUGGUUCAGCGCACUCUCAACGCCGGAACGACGACUUCAUGCUACUACGCAACUCUGCACAACGAGGCGAGCUGGACUCUAGCCCGCAUUUGCGAGGAGGAAGGUCAGCGCGCGCUUGUCGGCAAGUGCUCGAUGGACGUCGGUUCCUACUCUGAAAAGGACGCGUUCGACAAGACGGAAGAGUUCAUCAAGAAGUUCCCUGGGAGUGAGAUGGUCCAGCCUAUCCUGACGCCGCGCUUUGCCUUAUCGUGCACGGACGGGUUGAUGCAGGAACUCGGCUCACUCGCCGCCAAGGACAACCUGCGCGUGCAGACGCACAUCAGCGAGAACCACGCCGAGAUUGCCGAGGUCAAGAAGCGUUUCGGCUGCAGCUAUGCGGCGGCCUACGACCGCUUUGGACUGCUUGGCCCCCGCACGAUCCUCGCCCACGCCGUGCAUCUGACGGAGGACGAGCGUGCACUCAUCAAGCAACGCGAGUGUGGAAUCUCGCACUGCCCCAAUUCGAACCUGCACCUGAACAGCGGCCUGUGUCCCGUCGCGUCGCUGCUCGACGAGGGCCUCAAGCUCGCGCUCGGAAGCGACUGCUCCGGCGGCUCGGCGCUCGGCAUUCUGCCCCAGAUCCGCCUCGCGAUCCAGGUCUCCCGCGCCCUCGUCAUGACGGGCAAGGCAAAGCGCAGUCUCAGUCUCGCCGAGGCGUGGUGGCUGGCAACGCGUGGCGGAGGCGAGGUGGCCGGCUUUGACGUCGGCAACUUUGAGCCUGGACGUCGCUUUGACGCGCUCCACAUCAAGCCCUGCAGCCUUGGCAUGUUUGUGUCUGAGGAUGAGGAGACGAAGACGGCCGAGCUCUUUGAGAAGUGGAUCUGGACCGGAGACGAUCGCGACAUUGAGCGUGUCUGGGUCGACGGGCAGCUCGUUGUCGACAAGAGCGACGGAGACGUUGUGGAUGGCGAUGACGAUGACGACGACAGCGAGUUGGGUGGUGACUCUGACGCUGAUUCCGAGCCCACCGAGGUGGAGAUCGGCACUGCAAACGGCACCCCGAACGGCAAAGUGAAGUAG